GGUGGCGCCUUGCAGACGAACGAGCUUCAAUCACCCGAGUCCUGUCGUGGGUUGCAGACCCUCCCACUAAGGAUGGAUCUCUCGAAACUCACCCGCCCCGCCAUCCUGUGCCAGUGUUCUCGCUGCUCGAGUUCGCUGGCCGCCCUGGAAAACGAAUGGGCGAAAUUGUCGAAUUCCUAUUCCGUUGCCGCUGGCUGGCUGAGCGUCGAACUGCAUCGCAUCUCGAUCUCCUCGGAGAAAAAGCAGGUUCCGCAGUCGUCGGACCUGAGUCUCCUGCGGGGCCGGAUCCUGCAGGAAGUCGCCUGUAAACUCUGCCAACAGAAGCUGGGAGUGUUGUGCGCUCUGGACAAUGGCCCCAAUGUCUUCUGGAAGCUGUCCAAGGUUUCUUUUAGGGAGAUCGUUACGAUGCGCACGGUCGAGCCUUCGUUCAAGGAAGGCGCUCUCGAUCGUCUGAUGAAUGCGACCCCCAAGGAGCCGGCAAAAAGAGACCGAACCUCCAUUCAGCCCGGAGCGCUGGUACCGGCCGGUGCAAACGAACUCGAUCCCUACAAUGCCUCCGUCGAACAACAGAUUCAGUACCAGGGUCUGAGCAUCGACAACAUCUCCAGCUCCGUCAGCAAUCUCCACGAUACCAUGUCCGAGCUGAAAAGUGCCUUCACAGCCCUUCGCAUCGAGCUCAAUGGUCCGGGGCGCUUUCCCGAAGUCGGCCACCCGUCUAGCCCCGACUUCAAUAUGAUCACGACCGUUUUACGAGAGCUGAAAUUCAAGUCGGACGAGAUUGAAAAAUUGAAUCUGGAAAUUGAGGCGCUGAAAAUGAAGAAUCGAUACAUGGAGGAGGCUGGGAGACUACCAGCGCCCUUGCCCCAGCUCGAUGAAGCGAUUUCGCAGGUGCGUAGUCCAGGCCUUCUCCAAGGAAGCAGGAAGCGCCCGUUGCCAGACUAUUUCGAGAGCGGGGGUCGAACCCACCCGAUCGCGGACUCUUUCGACGAUGACGACGACGACAGUGAUAGUAUCGGUGAUUUUUUAGCUGAGCCGAACUGUCCGCCGGUGAAAAUCCCCCUCAAGGAGCCUGAACACCCCGCCAAUUCAUCCCACCAUCCCACCUCUUUCGAUUCUCCGAACCUUCGUAUCGAAGUUACACAUCCACAAAAUCCGGCUUCACACCCCGAGACGCCUACUAUUAACGGAAACACACAGCAACCCGCGGUCACAAAACGGCCUCGCGUAUCUCAAUCUACAGAAAGACCAUCAUCUAGCGGGACCGCUGCCGACAGAAGAAAGGCUGGUCGCCCGCGGAAGUCUAUCAGCCAGGCGACAAACCUUGAUUUCUCCGAGACCCCCAAACCCACACCUUUAUCCGAGCAGAACGGGAAUGCCAUUGGCAGCACCCAACGGGAGAACCCACCCGCAAAUCAAACUCCCAGCGAGCCUUCAAGCACCAAGGAGAAUCGUCCCGCCAGAUCACGCAGCUUACGUAGUCGGUCUCGCCCCCCGUCGACGGGCAACCGAAACGGCCAAACAGGGGACAACGACGCGCAGGAAAUGGCACAAACGCCCAGUGGCCCAGAGACUCGACAGUCGAACGGAUCUGAAAAGAAAUCUUCAUCGUCGAAGGCACACAGUACUCGCACGAACGGUGAAAACGGACUUGAUUCCGAAAAACGCAAAGCACAGGUUGCUACGCGAGACGCCAUGGCACGAUUAGCCAUGCAGCGCGAAGAAGCCAUGGAAACAGAGGAGGCUAGGUGACGUUUUUCAAUAGACUGCACUUCUAUCAAUGUAUUAUUGACUCUUUCUCUUACUAUUUUCCUUUGACUUGCAUUAUUCCUACCACCUUCCGACUUCCCACUUUUUUUUUUUUUUUUUUU